AUUGCUGAAAAUCCCUUUUAGUUGGGGAUGGCCUAAGAGAGCCCGAAAGAGAUAAGAGAUGUUGGCACUGCCGCUGAGAUUAGGCGCGCAUUGGCCUGCGAUACAAAAACCUCUAAUAUCUUCAACACGGUGGUUCGUUUUCCCCUAUCCGCGAAACGUUUCGCUGAAUGGCAAUAGCCCCAGAGACCACUUUGACCGAAACGUUUCGAGGACCCCUGCGAAUUCAACAUCUCUCACUGGCAAGACCAAUGAUUUCGUUUCCGUUUCUCUCCCCAAAGACUCUCCUCUGUUUGGAUUGGAGGAUUUACUGGUGAGCUUUAUCUUGGGCAAGAAGAGGGCCACAGAAGUUUCUCACUUGGUUUGGAAAAGUGUUGUCCGAAAAGGAGAUACAGUCAUUGAUGCCACUUGUGGCAAUGGUCAUGAUACCUUAGCAAUGCUCAAGAUGGUUGCUGAUGAAUCGUGUAAGGGUUCUGUUUACGGGCUGGAUGUUCAGGAAGCUGCUUUACAGAAAACUUCUUCUUUGCUGGAAGAGUCGGUCAGUCCAAGUGAGAAAGAACCUAUUAAGCUCUUCUCCAAAUGCCACAGUAAAAUGGAUGAAGUUCUUCCAAAAGAUACAUCUGUUAGGCUUGUUGCUUUCAAUCUUGGCUAUCUUCCUGGGGGUGACAAAACAAUUAUCACACAGUCAGAAACAACACUGAAGGCAUUGGAAGUUGCAAAAAGUAUCAUGGUGCCCGGAGGUCUUAUCAGUUUAGUGGUUUAUGUGGGGCAUCCUGGUGGAUGGGAAGAACUGAAGACCAUCCGAGACUUCAUCUCCAAAUUAUCAGUUGAGAAAUGGAUCUGCUAUGAGUUUCAGACAGUAGACCGAUCAUGGUCUCCUAUACUUAUUUUCUUGUUCAAGAACUGUUGAAUUGUUGAGUUGCUCCAUUCUUUGUCCACCUCUUUUCAAAGAACGAGAUACUAUGGGAAGAAACCAAGCUCUCUUUCAAGCAAGAGAAUUAAGGAAGUUAUUGUAGCACAGUGUUUAGAAUUUUAUUCCUGAGGACAAGGAUGUUCUGCAGAGGAGAGGAAUGUUAAAAAUCUAGGAGCAUAUUUCAGAUAGCAAUAUUCAAUUCGGAAUUAGUUGGUUUGCAAA